UGGACGGGGCAGAGCUCUUCCAAACGGAGCGCUCAACUCCGUGACUGUUCCGCCAGCCGGGGACCACAGUGGAUCAAAAUCAACAGAAGACUGGAUAUAUAUCCAUUUUUUCUUUUAAAAAAAGCCAGGAAAAACUGAAUUAUUUCUCCCCGGCUGGACUGGAUGUAGAUUCGGAAGGUGGUUUAUAUCUCCUGACUAUGGCAGACAUACCUUGCUUGGCUACUUGUCACUGGUAAGCCAAAUCCACCUUGGACUUGGUACCGCGACCGUGACACUGACCCAACUCAUCUUGCAGGUUCCCUCGGACUUGGACUGCCUUUUGACCCUUAAUAAGGGAUUUUAUUUAUUUUUUUGGCAGGAGUCAAGUCCCGCUGAUCUGGACUGACCCACAAACUAAGGACACAGGUCUUAGGGAUCUUCUCUAGAAGUGUGGUCCUGGGUUCUCAGGAAGACUUCGGUCACCUCAGGACUAUGGGCUCUUUCUGGGGCAGCUUGGUGAUCUCCUGGGGACUGGUUCUGCUUCACAAAGGGGGCGACGGAGCCCAGCAGACCAAGGCCAAUGUCCCGCGGCUAAAACUCUCAUACAAAGACAUGCUGGACUCCAACAACCUGGAGACGUUUGAAGGUCUGGUGAACAGCUCGUCAUACCACACCUUCCUGCUGGACGAAGAAAAAGGAAGACUGAUGGUGGGCGCCAAGGACCACAUUUUCUCCUUCAACCUCCUCAACAUCAGCAAAGACAUGGUGCAGAUCCCCUGGCUGGCCUCCCCCACCCACAGAGACGAAUGCAAGUGGGCGGGAAAAGAUCUCUCGAGGGAGUGUGCAAACUUUGUCAAGGUGUUGCAGCCCUUCAACCAGACGCAUAUCUACGUGUGUGGAACAGGUGCUUUCCAUCCUGUGUGUUCCUACCUAGAAGUGGGUAAGAAACUAGAGGACAACAUUUUUAGACUGCUGCCUCACACGGAAAACGGCAGGGGGAAAAGUCCCUACGAUCCGAAGCUGCUGACCGCGUCCAUGCUGAUUGAUGGUGAAUUAUAUGCUGGGACAUCAGCAGACUUCAUGGGGCGGGACUUUGCCAUCUUCCGCACCCUCGGGAAGCAUCACCCCAUCAGGACGGAGCAGCAUGACUCCCGUUGGCUCAAUGAUCCACGAUUUGUGGGCGUCCAUCUGAUUCCGGAGAGCGACAACCCGGAAGACGAUAAAAUCUACCUCUUCUUCAGAGAGAACGCCAUGGACGGAGAGCAUGCUGGGAAAGCCACGCAUGCUCGGAUCGGCCAGCUCUGCAAAAACGACCUCGGGGGUCACAGGAGUCUGGUGAAUAAGUGGACCACCUUCUUAAAGGCACGACUCGUUUGCUCGGUGCCAGGAAGCAACGGCAUCGACACACAUUUCGAUGAACUCCAGGAUGUUUUUCUCAUCAGCACAAAGGAUCCAAAAAGCCCGAUCAUCUACGGAGUAUUUAGCACAUCCAGCAACAUCUUCAAAGGAUCGGCUGUGUGCAUGUAUAGCAUGGCGGACAUCCGCAGGGUCUUUCUGGGCCCUUAUGCUCACAGGGACGGACCUAACUACCAGUGGGUGCCUUACCAGGGGCGCGUUCCUUACCCACGGCCUGGCACAUGUCCGAGCAACACGUUCGGAGGAUUCGACACGACCAAAGACCUCCCCGAUGAAGUCGUAAUCUUUGCCAGAAGCCACCCGGCUAUGUUCAAUCCCGUGUACCCGAUCAACAACAGACCGAGCAUCGUCAAAACUGAUGUGGACUACCAGUUCACGCAGAUCGUGGUGGAUAAAGUAGAAGCAGAAGACGGCCAGUACGACGUCAUGUUCAUAGGAACUGAUUUAGGAACGGUUCUUAAGGUGGUGACGAUCCCGAGAGGCUCCUGGCAUGACCUGGAGGAAGUCCUGCUGGAGGAAAUGACCGUUUUCAGGAAGCCAACGGCUAUUAAAGCAAUGGAGCUUUCGACUAAACAGCAACAACUGUACUUGGGUUCGGACCUGGGCGUCUCCCAGAUGCCUCUGCAUCGCUGUGAGGUGUACGGGAAGGCCUGUGCUGAAUGUUGCCUGGCCCGGGACCCCUACUGUGCCUGGGACGGCAGCGAGUGCUCCAGAUACUUCCCCAUGGCCAAAAGGAGAACCAGGAGACAAGAUAUCAGGAAUGGAGAUCCUCUAACACAAUGCUCGGAUCUGCAGCAGCAUGACGAACUAAGCGGGCAGAAAACUCUGGAGGACAAAACAAUUUACGGAGUGGAGAACAGCAGCACCUUCCUGGAGUGCAGCCCCAAGUCCCAGCGAGCAUCAACUUACUGGCAGUACCAGCGCUCGCCUGACCAGCGCAAACAAGAGAUCAAAUCAGAGGAACGCUUUAUCCGCACACAGCAGGGUUUGUUGAUCCGCACCCUGGACAAGAAGGACUCGGGGAUCUACCUGUGCCAGGCGGUGGAGCACGGCUUCAUCCAGACUCUUCUCAAGGUGACUUUGGAGGUGAUCGACACCGAGCGCUUGGAGGACUUACUCAACGGAGAGGACAAGACCGCCGCCAACGCUUCCGUCCAGGACUUCCAAGAGCCUCCCAAUCGCAAGCUCUGGUAUCGAGACUUCCUGUCCUUGGUGAACCACCCCACUCUGAGUAGCGUGGACGAGUUCUGCGAGCAGGUUUGGAAGAGGGAGCGAAAGCACAAGAAGCAGAAAGCACACCUGGUGCAGCAGGCGCAAAUACACCAGCAAUAUCCACAGAAGGUGGUGGCGGCCAAGUGGAAACACCUGCAGGAGAGGCAAAAGGGGCGCAACCGUAGGACCCAUGAGCUGGAGCGGGCCCCCCGCAGUGUCUGAGUCAGAAACUUGCACUGAUCUGAAAGCGGAACUACAGACUGAGCAACAGACUCAUUCCAAAUGGACUCAACUGUAAUCGUAUUUCUUCCCCUCCUUUGGGGGUUGGCAUCACGCCGGACCCCUCGGAGCAAGUUAUCUCAGUCGGCCUCAGCAGGCCUGAUGACUGCUUCGGGACAGGGGCAAAUAGCACAAAAACUGAACACGCCUCACGGACAUUGAAUGGCUUCAUGCAAGAAUUUAUUUUGGACGUGGUCCCGGCGUCGAGGUCCCCCCGGCAUCAAGUUGAGACGAAAGCACAAACGGAAGUCCCAGAAGCAGGGAAAGAGCCGGAACACUGGGAGCAACAGACAACCACUUGAUGACAAAAUAUGUAGCUAAAAAUGUGUAAAUUCUGUGACAUAUUAAAAUGGACUAUUCAUGUUUUCCUUCUUCUGAUAGUUCAAAGUACAAAGCUAGAAGAGGUUUGAACAGGGAGAUGUUGUACUCCAGUGUGUGUGCCAUCAAUAAGCUUCACUACCACAUGUUUUAUACAUGUGUCUCAGAGCAGGCGUGGGCAAUUAUUUUGACUUGGGGCAGGGGCCAAAUUUAGAGGAAAAAAUUGUGUUUGGGGGGACCGGUAUGUCCGAUUUUUAGGAACACUAAUACAAAAAGAAAGUCUGAUUGAAUGCCAAAAAACGUUAUGACACGGCCCUUCCACACCUGUCCCCGACACUCACAUUUCAGACUCUGGAAAGACUCUGUGGAAAUGCUCCCUACCCACACUGCUUGGUCUGAGCUGCUGUGACUUAGAUUACCAUAGUAACUAAUUAGAUCCCUCGCCCGGACGCGGGUCACCUGGGCCCCCAUCUGGAGUCAGCCCCGUAGUUGGGGCACGAUGGCGAGCGCCUGGUGGCCAGGCCUGUCCGGGCACAUCCCUUCCACGUCGGGCUCUGACGCCCGCAUUUCCCUCUGGAAAGACUCUGUGGAAAUGCUCCCCACCCACACUGCUUGGUCUGAGCUGAUGUGACUUAGAUUACCAUAGUAACUAAUUAGAUCCUUUGCCCGGACGCGGGUCACCGGGGCCCCCCUCUGGAGCCAGGCGCGAUGGCGAGCGCCAGGUGGCCGGGCCUGACUCCAUGGGGCCCGGCUGGGCACAGCCUUUUCACGUCGGUCCCUGACACUGGACUUUCAGACUCUGGAGAGACUCUGUGGAAAUGCUCCCCAUCCACACUUCUUGCACUGAGCUUCUGUGACUUAGAUUACCAUAGUAACUAAAUAGAUCCCUCGCCCGGACGUGGGUAACCGGGGCCCCCUUCUGGAGCCAGCCCUGUAGUUGGGGCACGAGGGCAAGCGCCUGAUGGCCGGGCCUGUCCCCAUGAGGCUCGGCCUGGCACAGCCCUUCCACGUCAGUCCCUGACAAUCGCAUUUCAGACUAUGUAGAAACACUCCCCACCCACACUGCUUGGUCUGACCUGCUGUGACGUAGAUUACCAUAGUACCUAAUAGAUCCCUCGCCCCCCUCUGGAGCCAGGCCCAGAGUUAGGGCAUGAUGGCGAGCGCAUGGUGGCCGGGCCUGAGUGAGUGCCCGAAGAGGCAACGUGGGUCCCCACUCCGAUGAGCUCACCACUCAUGGAAGGGUUGUGUUGUGAGCUGGGCGGUAGCCGAAGGCAGGGCACUUGGCGGUCCGAUCCGCGGCUACAUAAAUUAGCUCUUGGAACGUAGAACAUCCCCUAACUGGGGAGGGGAAGGAGCCUGAGCUAGUGCGCGAGUUGGAGAAGUUACGGCUGGAUCGGACUCAAUUCGACGCAGAAUGCCACCCGAAAACUUUAUCGACCCGUUGUGGUGAAGAAGGAGCUGAGCCGGAAAGUAAAGCUCUCAAUUUAAUGGUCGAUCUACGUUCCCAUCCUCACCUAUGGUCAUGAGCUUUGGGUUAUGACCGAAAGGACAAGAUCACGGGUACGAGAUCUACGUUCCCGUCCUAACCUAUGGUCAUGAUCUUUGGGAUACGAUCAAAAGGACAAGAUACAUGUUCCCAUCCUAACCUAUAGUCAUGAGCUUUAGGUUAUGACUGAAAGGACAAGAUCUACGUUCUUAUCCUCACCAAUGGUCAUGAGCUUUAGGUUAUGACCGAAAGGACAAGAUCAUGGGUACAAGAUCUACGUUCCCAUCCUAACCUAUGGUCAUGGUCUUUGAGUUAUGACCGAAAGGACCAGCUCUACGUUCCCAUCCUCACCUAUGGUCAUGAGCUUUGGGUUAUGACCAAAAGGACAAGGACAAGAUCACGGGUACAAGCGGCCCAAAUUAGCUUCCUCCGCUGGCUGGCGAGGCUCUCCCUUAGAGAUAAGGUGAGAAGCUCUGCCAUCCAGGAGGAACUCAAAGUAAAGCUGCUGCUCCUCCAGAUCGAGAGGAGCCUGAUGAGGUGGUUCGGGCAUCAGGUCAGGAUACCACCCGAGCACCUCCUUAAGGAGGUGUUUAGGGCACGGUAGGAGGCCACGGGGAAGACCCAGGACAUGUUGGGAAGACUCUGUCUCCCGACUGGCCUGGGAACUUCCGACCGGUAGGAGGCCAAGGGGAAGACCCAGAACAAGUUGGUAAAGACUAUGUCUGGGAACGCCUCGGGAUCCGCCAGGAGGAGCUGGACGAAGUGGCUGGGGAGAGGAAAUUCUGGGCUUCCCAGCUUAGGCUGCUGCCCCGGCGACCCGACCUCGGAUAAGCGGAAUAAGAUGGAUGGAUGGUAACUAAUUAUAUUACCAUCAUGCAAAAGCGCAGAUUCCAACCAUUGAAAUACUUACUAUAGUUCAAGACUUACUUGCCCAGGUCUGCAUGAGAUUCUUGCAAGUGUUUCAUCUCAGUGAGUGGAAUACGCAAUAAUAUAUUCUUUCACCACACCCUGUAUUUAUUGAUGAACUGUCAUUUGGAUAUUUUGGCUAAUGCGCCAGAACGAGCUGGCAUUGACAAAGUGUUGUAUCGGACCAAGUGUGUUAUCAGGAAUACUGUCGGCUGGGAUGUUGGUCAACAUCGAUCAUGUGAAACAUUGGACAAAAACAAAUAUCCAAACUGCCUUGCUUGAUGUUAGUAUGAUACUAUGUGGUGCAGGCAUGAUAUCAUCCAAGUAAACCUAAGCUGCGGAUGAACAAGCCGGAAUGUGAACAACUUGUAAAUAAACUGUAGAUAAUCCAUGUUUGAUGCCGGUGCAUGUGAAUGAUAUUGUGGUGUUACCUGUUGUCCUUUUGUCGGCUCGUACAAGACUGUUCCGACCUUGUAAAUAUGCCGACUAUUGUGUAUUGGGGUAUAGAAUGAGUAUUUCCCGAGGAAGCUAUUCAAGAUGGGGUAUAGGAAACUAAUUUAAGGUUAAAUGUGGAUGCAAACAUGCAAGUUUGUUUUGAAACAACAGUAUCAGUUUGUCACUUUUAACUCGGGAGUGUUUGCCAUGCAUGGACAGAGGAAGGUGAACAAAACUAUCCAUGAUUUGAACUGUUUAGGAUACUUGCAGUGGGACUUUUAGGAGAACUAUAAUCAUAAGAACAUUGAAAUAAAGAGAGAAUAUAUGAUUCCAAGUCGGGAAAAUGCAUCAUGUCAUGUUCCGUUCCAAUAAAAGUCUCUUCGCAAGAA